AUGCCGAACUCCAAGAAAACGGUUCUCAUCACCGGCAGCACACGCGGUAUCGGUCUUGCGCUUGCAACCCACUACACCAACGCAGGCUGGACCGUCAUCGGAACAGCGCGUGCUAACAGCAACACCGACAACCUCGCUGCGCUGUCGCCCUUCAAGAUCAUCGUGAUGGACACAACCGACGAAGCCUCGGUAAUCAAAGCAGCUCGUCAACUUAGCGGCGUCGCCAUCGAUCUCCUCAUCAACAACGCUGGCACUGGCUGGCUCACCCAGAUCGUGGAGCCGACCAAGGACAUGUUCAUGAAGUUGUUCGAAGUGAAUGCUGUGGGUGCGUUCCUCGUCUCGCGCGAGCUGCAGUCCAACCUCCAACUUGCAGCCACGAUUCACGGCAGUGCCUCUAUCGCUCAAAUAUCGUCGAUUUCUGGCAGCCUCACUCACAACAGUGAUGGCAAAUUCGCCGGUGCCUUCAAGGGCCAAUGCAGCUACAGUACAUCGAAAGCGGCUCUAAAUAUGAUGACACGCUCGUUGGCCAUGAACCUGCGUGCCAGCAACGUCAUCGCUGUCGCUGUUCAUCCGGGUUAUGUUGGCACCGAUCUCACGGGGAACACUGCACCUCUGAAACCCGCUGAUGCUGCGGCAUCUAUUGCCAACGUCGUUGCUGACUUGUCCAUCGAGGAUACUGGUAAGUUUUUAAAUGCAGACCCCACGCUCUCCAUCACGGAGCUUCCGUGGUAG